AUGAUGUUGAAUCGGUUAGUCAUCCCAGAAUGCUACCAUCAACGGAUUCUGAAACAACUUCGUCGAGGUCAUCCGGGAAUGGAACGGAUGAAAGUCCUAGCCCGAAGUCACGUUUACUGGCCGAAAAUAGACGACGACAUCUCAACGUUUGUGAGGAAAUGUGAAAUGUGUGCUGUUCAUGCCAAAUCCCCACCGAAGACUUCUCCUCAACCGUGGCCAGCAACACAUUCUCCUUGGAAACGCAUCCACAUCAACUUUGCCGGUCCAUUCAAAGGUCUCAACUUCCUGUUUGUGGUGGAUGCUCAUUCAAGGUGGCCCGAGAUCUGCACAAUCAAAUCAGCAACAUCAUCGGCAGUCAUCGAGUUCCUGGAUGAAUUGUUCGCUUGUUUUGGGAUUCCAUCAACAAUUGUUUCCGACAAUGAUACCCAAUUAAUUUCGAAACAAUUCGAAAAUUUCUGCGGGAGGAACGGUAUUCAACAUCUGGGGAUUUCGCCACAUCAUCUUCCCUCAAGAGGUCUGCUGAAAAUCAACGACUGGCAAAACAUCUACGAAUCAAACGUUCCUGCAAAUUUACCGAUCAACUCCAAGCCGUGUGCUGAAUGGUUCCACUCCAGCUGA